GUGUGAGUAGAUCGGGGUCAGGGCUUUUACACGCUUUCGCAAAUACAGGUAUAUAAAUAUAUACCUUCGUUUCACUGCCAUUAACGUUAGGUGGAGUUUUGCCAAGACACUGAGCCAAUGCCAUUUGAAGUUGCACUCGGGAACGAAGGACAUGCAAGUCGCGACCGGAACGUUCCCUGGCGGACUGUAGGUCACCACGUAACCUGUCAUGGUGAGACCUGAGCUAUCAUAAACAUACAGACCCCGGGAUGAUUUUGAGGUGGACUGGCCAUUUUUAACCGAGUGUAAGUCCCACAGAAGCGUAAUAUACAGCAGUACAUAUAUCUGUGUCACGGAAUUAAACCAACAAAAGGCGUCUAUUUAAAUUCCACAAUGACAAUAGAAAGUUGUAAAGGGAUUUAAUCUCGGGUGUUCAAAGGAAGACUGUGACAGCACAUAUGUAAUGUGUCAAAUGGAGAAACACUAAUGGUAGACUUGUGGUGUUCCAGUAAGGUGUUGAAUUCCAUUAUGCCGUGUGUUGGUGUCUUUGACUUUCAGGCCAGACAAGUCUAAUAUCUAUAGGUGAUCUGUCCAGUCGCAUUGUGAUGGAUCUCCAAAGUAAGUGACUUCAAAUAAUAUACAAUGCAUAUCAUUAACCAAAACACGAUAACAGAUGGAAGAGGGUAUUUACAGCCGCCUUCCAACCACCAUGAUAAAAGUCAUUUCCGGUCGUCUUCGACCGAUUCUAAUUGGAAAGACCUUUUUGGAUCCCAUUCACGUCUUCCACCAGUGACGUCCGCAGUUUCAGACGAUGAUGAGGACGGAGGCGACCAAGAUCCACUUAAUGAGUUUAUUCCUCAAGAUACAUUACCGUACGGACACGAAUGCGACGUUGAGGGCUGCAAGCGCAUUACUAUCAACGUAAGUGGAUUGAAGUUCGAAACUCAACUCCGCACUCUAAAUAGGCUUCCACAUACGUUACUUGGCAACCCUUCAAAGCGAAAGAAAUACUGGGACUCCAAACGAAAGGAAUUUUUCUUUGAUCGACAUCGACCAAGCUUCCCAGCUAUUUUGUACUACUACCAGAGCGGUGGUAGGCUGAAGCGCCCGAUGGAGGUUCCAUCGGAUAUAUUCCUCAACGAACUUCAGUUUUUCGAACUAGGAAAAUCUGUCGUAACGACCUAUAAAGGAGAGGAAGGAUUCAUUAUCAAUAAUAAUGAAACACCUUUGUUGCCUGACCAACGCUUUCAGAGGAAGGUGUGGGAGCUGUUCGAGUACCCAGAUAGUUCAGUGCCUGCCAGAGUCUUAGCCAUCAUGUCUGUGAUCGUAAUAUUGGUAUCUGUAACCACAUUUUGCGUAGAAACAUUGCCUGUAUUUCACGGUGUCGAGUGCAUUGAAGUUAUUGCAAACAGUUCUCCAAAUAGCAGCAGUGUCGCCGUAAAGAAGAUACCAAACUUCGAGCACCCAUUGUUCAUAAUAGAGGCAGUUUGCAUAUGUUGGUUUUCAAUAGAACUUGUAUGCCGUUUUCUUUCUAGCCCUUCCAAGAGAACUUUUCUGAAGGAUAUUAUAAAUUGGAUAGAUUUUGCAUCCAUAAUGCCAUUCUUUUUUUCCAUGGGGCUAUAUCUGAUUUCCCAUGAAUGCGGUCAGUCCAAGAGCGGUGUGUUGUCGGUACUGCGGGUACUGAGAGUGUCGCGUAUCCUCAAGCUAAGUAAGCACUCGGUAGGACUCCAGAUUCUCGGAAAAACAAUGCAAACUAGCAUUAGCGAGCUGGUCAUGUUCGCUUUGUUUCUCGGUAUUGGGAUUAUCAUAUCCUCCGGUGCGAUGUUCUAUGCAGAACUGCCAGAGCCAAAUACACAUUUCAAGAGCAUCCCUGAUGCAUUCUGGUGGGCGAUUGUAUCUAUGACAACAGUAGGAUAUGGAGAUAUGUAUCCAUGUGGAGCCUUUGGUAAAAUAGUUGGGAGUAUGACAGUUAUAUGUGGGAUUUUAUCUAUAGCACUUCCGGUUCCGGUUAUUGUUGCAAAUUUUAAUACCUUCUACAGACAGGCACAGACUAGGAGUUGAUCCCUUUUUCAAUGUAUGCAAAUGUUUUCAUUCUUUAAAAUAUUAAAGUAUACUAUUAGUGCUGCCUGGAUUAUUUGGGAGGUAUUUACGUGUGUUACCGGGGAAUAGCACUUCUGUUUGGUACGUGACACUGACUCUGCAUGAUUUACUUGGUGAACUACGUCUACAACCUGAUGUUGUAACUGUUUUGUUAAGAAUUUUGUCAAAACUUUAUGUCUUCACGUUUUCAUUUAUUCCGUGCUGGAUUUAGAAUAAAUGAAUCCUAUUUAAAACAAGCUUCUAAAGGCAAUCAUUGUUGGCGGAUACUAUAUUUUGUUACAUUUUUACCAGUGAAAUAUCGAAAAAACAUAAUUCUUUUUAUGUUUUAACCAAUCAAAACAUUGUUUACUAACGACAAUGGAGAACAUUUAUUGCUUAUCCGGUAUAUUUUGCUAAAACAUGUUAUAAGCAGAAUAUCUAACAGCAUCUUCAGUAACGCCAAAUAUAUUUCACUCGUGUGGCUAAUAUUUUGAUAUUUUUCACGAGUGCGCAGCACGAGUGAAAAAUAUCAAAAUAUUAGCACCAUUCGUGAAAUAUAUUUGAUAUUACUGAAGACACUGUUAGAUAUCCUCUAUUUCCUUCUGUUACAUACAAUAUCCGUCAAUGUUUUGAAGUCGUCUUAUGGAUGUUUAGAAAAAGCGUCUUGCUUAAGCAGCAAUAUUUUUGCUAAUCAAAUUGAAUAAAUUAUCAAUCAGCUUCACAUGCUAAAUUUUCGAUCCAGUCAUAUAUCCUAACGAACCAAAAUGUAUAAGAAUAGUGAACACAGAGGUCAGGUACAGCAGGGUGUUUAUAUUGACCUCCAGGUUGUAGUCAGAUAUGAUGUGAAUAAAGAUAACAUCAACGCAAAA